AGGUUUAUGCCACGCAGCGUUCCUUAUAUCUUCUCUGGUUUGAAGAUCUUUGUAGGCUGGGGAGGGAAAACAAGCACAAAGCUUAGAAGUAACUCCUUUUCCUUCUGCACAGGAAUAGCUCCCUUAAAAAGUAUACUAGGGAAUAAUUAGGAGGCUGCAAACACUGGGAAGGAAAAGUCAGUUGCUCUCCAUGAAAACGAAAAGCUCCCAAACCAAGGCAAAUAGAAGGAACCGGGGAAGAGAGAGAAUGUCUCGGACACAGCUCAAGAGCCCUCAAUCACCAAAAACUGUGCAGAAGGACAAGAAAUCUGAUAAAUUUAACCGAUUCUCUACAAUGUCUGACAAGCUCAAAUGUUCUUUUCUUUCAUCUCAUAAAAUCACUUUCUUCAAUUUACCUUUCUUUGAUAGCCCCACACCAGCCAGUGUGGAGAAAACUAAUUCCAACUCAAUCCUCUCCCGAAAUACUAAAAUAUUUCUCUGACAUAUUAAAAAUGUGGUAUUUAUACCACAUAUAUUUAUUUAUAAGCUGGAAAUUUAAACUUUUUCCUGCCUCAGAUGUCAACUUCUCACCCUUAAUUACUGACUAGGAGAGUCAGAAGAUAGCUAUCAACCUUCAAUCCAAAGCUGUCUUCCAGAUAUCAAAAGUUUGUCACAGUCAUUCAAACUGAAAAAAAAAUAGGGAAGAAAAAUCUCAAUUUCCUUUGGGAAAAAUAUCCUCCUGAACACGCCUGUCUGCAUUACACAAAAGUAGUUCACACUAGCAGUGUUUUACAACAAUCAACCUUUAAAUCCCAGUGUCUGAAAAUAACACAAUGAACUGGUUCACCCCGUGGAAGCAGGAUGGAGGAAAGGAAAAGCAUUCCAUAGCAGAGGAACAACCACCAGAGAAGAACAACUGCAGCUGAGAUGACCUUCAGCGUUAAGGAGGAGUCUGUAAACACCUUAUUGGUGUAUUUAUUGAAAAUGGUGCCUUCCCUGGCCCUGGGCAAACACACAAACAUGUGGCUGUGCUGAAAGCCAAGCAGCUAUUCCUGAGUGCAGGCAUUUGAAGGGCAUUCCACGAUAAGGCUGUUGCUGGAGUGGAGCUAUCUCUGAUCUCAGCUGGAGCAGGCACAGGUGACUGCAGUUGUGUUGUCACAUCAAGUGCCACAGCAACACAAGCUGUCCCAGAGGACAGGGAGUAAAACCCACUGAAUAAAUCCGAGUUGUUUUAAAAAGCUCCCUUAAAGUAAGCACUAAAUGCUCAGUGCACACCAGAGACAGAACUCAAUCCCAGUCCUGCAAUACUCAGUUUUCAGCUCAGACCUGUAAACCAUUAUCAUUUCCUCCCCUUCAUUAAAGAAAAUUAGCAAACUGAUAAUCCUCUUCUAUAAGAUUAUUGUUUGCAGCAAACUUUAAGAGAUAAAUAAUCACAAUGCUUUUUCUGUGAAAAACCAGCUUUAUCUGCAGUAACAGUAAGCUGGAGUUACAGAGAUAACACUAAGAAGCAAAAACCAAAUUCCUUUGCUAACAGGAGAAUCUCAUGACUUGAAUGUUAAACUGCAUCUAAAACUGGAGGGAUAGUUCAUUACAAUACAAUGAAAUGAGUAAUACUUUACAUUUAUGUAAAAUCUUUUACCCAGCAACUGUAAAGUUCCUCAUGAGCACUGAUUAACAAAUCACAACUAUCCACCUAAAUAUAUACCUUAGAAUAAAGGUAGAACUAAAUUUAUUAGAGCAGAUAUUCACUGCACCCACCCUGAGAUGCAAGGGCCUGAUUUUUAAUCAAUAUCCUCAGAGAAGCCCUAAAAUACCCCUGUCAUUCUAGACACUCACAAAUCAAGAAGCCCUGAUUACUGGUUCACUUGUGUGGGCAGAAAGUACCCAAAAUUAGCUCUGGAAGAGAAGGGACUGAAUUCAUGUCUGUGGACUGUCAGUUGUGAGCAUCAACUUGACUUUGGUAGCAGGUUCUUAUCCUACAAAUAUUAACUAUGGGCUUAGCUUUCUUGCUACAAAGAUUGGGCUGUGAACAUAAAAGGAUAACACUGAAUAAUUUGCUUAGAUUAGAUCAAUAAUGUCAGUGAAAACACUUCUAUCCCACUUAGCUUCUGCUUUAGCACAAAAUAUAACCUGGGUGGGAGAUAUCAGGUCAAGUAUUUACAUUUUGUAGUAACCCAUGUCUGCCUGGAAGAGAAAGAAAAACAACUUGUCUUUCAUUUGACAGUGUUUGAACUGUGAUCUAAACAAAGUUUAUUUGAAACUAAAAUAACCCCAAAACAUGCACAUAAAACCUCACAACAUAUAAUUCCUACAGCCCUCCCUGUUCCUGUGUUAAACUGCUGGCAGGGAUGCUUUUAGUCUUGCGCAGGGGCUGCUGCCCAUUCUGAGGCUUGUGGCAGCAGCUUUCCCUGUCUCAAAGAAAAGGGAGGAAAUAAUGUGCAGAUCCAUCCCAGCUUGGAAACUCAGGCACUUCUGUGCCUCCAACAUCCUGGGAGCACAUCCUGGGAGCUUCCUACACCCAAGAGGUGCCCCGGGAACUCCGUGUGUGUGUCUGCACCUUGUGCCUGACCCUGCACACAUCAGAUGUGGCCAUGCAAAUCUGUGCACCCCAAAACCUGAUGGAUGUGCCUGUGUGUGUGCCCUAACACCGAGGGGUGCACACACAUCCCAGCUCCCAAGGAAAGCACGGAUACACGUGCCCUGGCUCCCAAGGGGGGCACACACACAAGCAGGGUGCGUGUGUGCCCGUGCACGAAGGCAGGAAGAUGUUGGGGCGCACAGUCCUGCACCCCAACACUGGGAAGACGUGGAUGUUGGGCAGGGGUGCAGCAGCUGUGCAUCCCGACGGGAGAUGCUGCUGGUUGUGCACCCUGUUGCUCAGAGGAGCUGGGAUACGGAGCAGCUACACAACCCAACUUCGGAGGGGUGUGGAGCAUCCAGACACCUCAGCCCCAGGAAUACGCGAGUGCAGGGCGGCUGAGCACCCCGAAACACGGAGAUGAUUUUCUAGCCCUUGGAUCUCUCCUCUGGACUGUUUCCAGUUAGCACACUGUCUUUCCAGAAGUGUGUUUCCCCAAAACCAAACAAGACUUCGGCAGAAGCUCUACAAGAGCCAACUGGAGGGAGAGGAGAACUCAGCUGCUCUCACUGGUGUCAGAAAGAUGAAUUUCCUCCCGAGCUUUUCUUCCCCUCUCUGAGUUGCCUCAAGCACUUGUUCUCACCUCUGCUGCUGAUGUCCAUAUGAUUUGGUGUGGCUGUCCUCAUAAACUGAAAAAUAUGUCCAUCCGAGGCCUGAAGAAGAAACAGCCGAAGACUUUUAAAGUCAAAAUUAUAACAGUGGAUGCUGAAAUGGAGUUCAGCUGUGAGAUGAAGUGGAAGGGAAAGGACUUGUUUGACCUGGUGUGCCGAGCACUUGGUUUAAGGGAGACUUGGUUCUUCGGCCUGCAGUACACAAUUAAAGGAAUGUGCACCUGGUUAAAGAUGGACAAGAAGGUUUUAGAUCAAGAAAUCCCCAAAGAAGAUCCCAUUAGCUUUCAUUUUUUGGCUAAAUUCUACCCAGAGAAGGUAGAAGAGGAACUAUUACAGGAAAUUACCCAGCAUUUAUUCUUCCUUCAGGUUAAGAAACAAAUACUGGAUGAGGAAAUCUAUUGUUCACCAGAAGCAACAGUUUUACUGGCUUCUUAUGCUGUUCAGGCCAAGUAUGGUGACUACGACCCAAAUUUUCACGAGCCAGGCUUUCUAGCCCAUGAUGAGCUUUUACCCAAAAGGGUCCUCAGGCAGUACCAGCUGACAGCAGAGAUGUGGGAAGAGAAGAUCACUGCCUGGUAUGCUGAGCACAGGGGUAUUGCCAGGGAUGAAGCUGAGAUGAACUACCUGAAAAUUGCCCAAGACUUGGAAAUGUAUGGUGUCAAUUAUUUUCCAAUUGCUCAAAACAAAAACCACACAGAUCUCCUGCUUGGCGUUGAUGCCAAAGGUAUUCAUAUCUACAGCAUUAAUAACAGGUUCUCUCCAAACAAGUCGUUUGAGUGGAGCGCUAUCAGAAACAUUUCCUAUAGUGAGAAAGAGUUAACUAUCAAACCUCUUGACAAAAAAGCAGAAGUCUUCAAGUUCUUUUCCUCUCAACUCAAAGUGAACAAAUUGAUUUUCCAGUUGUGCAUUGGAAACCAUGACCUAUUUAUGAGGAGAAGAAAAGUGGACUCAAUAGAGAUCCAGCAAAUGAAAGCACAAGCCAAGGAAGAAAAAGCUAGAAAAAAGAUGGAGAAUCAGAGGCUGGCCAGGGAGAAGCAGCUCCGAGAAGAAGCUGAGAGAGCCAAAGAAGAGCUGGAAAGGCGGCUUUUCCAGCUGGAAGAUGAAGCCAGGCAGGCAAAUGAGGCCCUGCUUCGAUCCCAGGAAGCAGCAGAGUUGCUGGCUGAGAAGGCUCAGAUUGCAGAAGAAGAGGCAAAACUGCUGGCCCAGAACGCUGCAGAAGCCGAGCAGGAGCGACAGAGGCUGGAGAUCACAGCUCUGAAAACCAAGGAGGAGAAACGCCUGAUGGAGCAGAAGAUGCGGGAGGCAGAGCUGAUUGCAGUGAAGCUGGUGAAGGAGUCUGACCGCAGAGCCAAGGAAGCAGAGCAUCUGAAACAAGACCUGCAUGAAGCCAGGGAGGCUGAACGGAAGGCGAAGCAGAAACUCUUAGACAUAACCAGGCCUAAUUAUCCUCACGUGGCCAAGUACCCACAAUACUCCCCAACUGACACCAGAGAGGCCAACUUUGACAAAGGAUCCAUAAAGCUGGAUUUGAAGGACAUUGACCUCAAGAGAUUAUCCUUUGAGAUAGAGAAAGAGAGGCUCGACUACUUAGAAAAGAGCAGAAAAUUUGAAGAUCGACUGAAAGAACUGAAGUCUGAAAUCCAUGCUUUGAAGCUAGAAGAAAAACAGUCUGGGCUUUACUCCCAUUGGAAUGAAGUCCUGGGCUCCUUGGAUCGCUCCUUAGGGAAUGCCCCAUCAUGGAUGAAAACAUUUGAAGCUGGAGAUUCAUUGGAUAUAAAUCUUCAAAGACCUUUCCCCGCUUACUUGUUAAACGCUGCAAGCAGCUGGCCUUGUACCAACAAAAUUCAGCACACAGUGCCAAUGGAAAAGUCAUCUUCUCAAGCAAAUUCAUUGGUUGCAAACAGUGUGGGCACAGAAACCAGAAAACAGAUUAUAAAGGUUCAGCAGCAUGAUUCAGAUGUCAUCUACAUUUGAAGCAUCUCGUUUCCUUGCCAGACUGGUAGGACUGGUGGCCUUCUUUUUGGCUGCUGUAGAAUGGACCUAUAUGAGGACACCUGGGUAGCUCUGCCUGUAAAGGACAUGGCACUGUGGUCAGAGAGGUGCUGUUCAGCCUCCAGGCAGAGACAUCAGCUGGGAGCACUAGAACUGCCCCUGUAAAAUGUGACCAGUGUCUCUGGGUACAAUGGUAAACAUGCAAACCCAGAGGAGUGUUGUUUACUACUUAUGCACUUUUGAAGAGACACUUUACACUUUGCUAAACCUUCCUCCCCCAGGUGUUUUCACACACUGACUUACCAGUGGGGUGCUGUACUGCUGGAGGAAGCAUGUGAGGCAGCAAGUGCCCAGGAGGUGUUUGGGAUGAGAAAAUUGUACACAAGCUCGGUGUUUACCUACACAAUAGCCUAAUUAUGUUUUUGGUCUGGUCCAUGGGGCACGACUCCCACAGAGAUGCUCAACAUUUUAGUGUUUGCCUGCCAAAUAUUUUCCUUUUCCUCCCCAAACAUUUCUUGGAUCACUUAAUUGAUUUGCAUUUCUCUGUGAGAAAUCUCAGCUUUUAAUUCCAGAUGUAGAAGUGGACAUCUUCAAAUAUGUCUCAUUCCUGGGGGAAUCCUUUGUUUGGAAUGAAAAGCUUCUGCUCUUACAGUCUCUGACUAGAUGAAGCACUUGCUGUUGCUUUUGCUGCUUGAGCAAACUUUGCAUACAUUAACUGGCUUCCCAGUUCUGUGUAACACAGAAACUCCCAAAUUAGAUAAAGACAAAAGAUGCUGUUGGUGUCUGCUGAAGUCGGACUUGUUUCUGAUGGAGAAACGCAUGCAGCAAAUUGCCUCAUUGGUAAAACCCACUUGCAUUUUCCAGGUUUGUGUGUGUUUAAGUGUCUGUUCCACCAUAAAUCUUCACUCUGAGGGCUUGUGGGGAAGCAGACAAUAUGCAGCUGCAGCUAAAGUAGUAGCAUGUGACAUGUGAUGUAAAAAUGAAUGUUAAUGUUGCUAAAUAUCUUGCUCUAAAAGCUGAGUAAAAAAAAAAAAACGUUCAAUAAAAAGCUUCAAUUUCCACUUGCUAGUAACAGCUUCGAGGGGAAUGUUGUGUCAAUAUUCCUACAACGUUAACAAGGCAGGUUUGAAGAACAAACACACAUCUCCUCUGCACAGAUCUGCACCAGGCUGAGCACAGUGGGGGAUGGGAACUGCAGCCAGCCCUGUGUCAGGCUUGUACCAGUCGUGGCAGCCACACGUGUAGAGGGACAUAAGUGAUCCUGAGUAUGUUCCCAGCCCUGGGA